AAUAAAGUAAUCGUCAUGUAAGGAUUUAUAACAAUUUAUCUGAAGGAUACAAAUACGAAGCUAAUUAAUCCAUGAAACCGUAACCAGCAACUAAUGAUUCUUGACAACAGAUGAAUUGGUGGUAGAAUCUAAUUAUUAAGAUUGUUCCAAGUGUUUAGAAACCAACUUGAAAUGAAGUUAUUAUUUUGUCUAUUGAUUGUUUUCUUAGCUUUCAAUCAGUUUAAUUGUUUUGAAUUCAGUGAAGUCGUUGAAUUGCCUCAGGGUAAAAUUCGUGGAGCGAUUAAAGAAUGGAGAGGUCGAUCUACCUACGAAUACAAGGGCAUUCCUUACGCCGCAGCUCCGAUUGAUUCACUUCGCUUUUCUAUGCCAGAACAUCCGAAGCCAUGGGAAGGAAUUAAAGAUACAAUCGAUUAUGGAAAAUCUUGUCCUCAGCCAACCAAGGCUGAAGACACGGAUGAAGAUUGUCUUUACAUGAACAUCUAUGUUAACAAGGAAACUUUUGACAAACGAACUACUCAAUUGAAACCAGUUCUCUUUUGGAUCCAUGGUGGUGGUUUCCAGGCUGGAAGUGGUAAUGAACAUGAUGCUUACAAGGGAGUUCCUUUAGUGAUUCUUGAAGAUGUUAUUCUAGUCACUUUUAACUAUCGAUUGGGAGUCUUAGGAUUCUUAAAUGGUGGAGAUUUAAUUCCUAACCUUACUCCGAAUCUCGGUCUUUGGGAUCAACAUUUUGCUCUUAAAUGGACACGAGAUAAUAUUCAUCGUUUCGGUGGUGACCCUUAUCAAAUCACAAUCUUUGGACAAUCAGCUGGUUCUGUUUCUGUUUCUUAUCAUAUUCUGUCCCCAAAAAAUAAGGGACUAUUCAAAGGAGCCAUCAUGGAAUCAGGUGGAUUCGUGAAAUUUAUGCAAAAUGAGAACAUGAAAAAAACUACCAGUGAUAUUAUUGAUUCUGUUGGAUGUUCGAAUUUUACAGAUAAAUUAUCUUGUCUCCGACUGAUUUCAUGGACAAGUCUUCUCGACAAAGCUCCACGAACCUUUUUAUCAUUUCCUCCAACUUUCGGUGAUGAAUUCGUUCCACUGCCAGAUGAUGAAGCGAUUCCAAUCGGACAGUUCAAUGAUGUCAAUUUGUUGGUUGGAGCAGAAAGAGAUGAAGGUGAUGGCCUAGUUUGUGGCACUUACAAGUUUGCUGUUCUCAAAGCUGCAAAUUCAACCAAAUCAACUUACGGUUACAUCCAUACCCAGGCCCCUUCAAAGUCCUUCGGCAACAUACCGAUGCCUAAUUGUGGUAGGAAAGUGGACAAAGUUUGUCAUAGCGAAGAAUUGGUUUACGUCUUCGGAGCUCCUCUUCGUAAUCUUACUGAUUACGAUGCCGAUGAUAUCGAACUAAGUCUUAAUAUGAUGAAAAUUUGGACUGAUUUCGCUCGAAAUGGUGUACCAACUAAACAAGGACCAAUUGUUUGGCCUCAAAUCGGUGGAUCCGAAAUGGUUAAUCUGAUUGAAUUGAACAACAAAUUCGUUGGUAAAAUUGAUCAUGAAACUGGUACAAAAUGUUUAUCAUCAUAAUUAACUUAUGCCAAGUAAUCAACACGAUUAAAGUUAACUUGUAUCCUUCUUUAAUUAACUCAAAAAACUGUUCAAUAUGUUCCAAUUAUUACAAUCAACUUUAUCUAAUAAUUAAUGUAAAAAAAGAACAAUUUAAUUUUCGGUU